AUGUCUUCGAACCCGCAAACUGCUCUUUCGGCCAAAACAUCGAACCCUUCCAAAUCCGUCGGCCUCUCAAAUCAAUCAGCACCCUCUUAUUCUCAGACCAACGCCUACUUUGGAGAAGUUCUCGGUCAACGUAGAAGUGGCGGUUCAGGCAGCUCCAACGCCGCUAGCUCGAAGCCAUCAUCGACCCCGCGCAGCAACCAAAGUGCAAAAGCAAAGCACAAGCAAUCGAAGAAGUUUAGACUCGCGGAUGAGGAUGCUCUUGCUGAAUCCGUAAGUGUUACUAUCGACCUGUCAGCGAGCUUUCACCUUGCUCACUUUGCCACANNGGCCGCCAUGCAUUCGACUAGCAGCCGCAAGGGUCAGACCUCUAUCACUCAUUUGAUGAACUUUUCCCUUCCGCCACGUCCUCAAGCACAUCAACACAACUCUAGAUAUGCCUCAGGCCGCCCUCGACGCAACCCCACUUGGGGCCUAGGUUCUGGAUACCACGCUGUGGACAAGGCCAGAUAUGUCCACGCCAACUAUCGUUUCAUUGUUGACCCAAGGGCUGACUAUCGCCCUCAACGCGUCGAUGCUGAUGUUCACAUUGACUGGAACAACGUACUGCAGAUCCUCGUCUCGACAGAGUCUCAGUCUUCUGCAUGUCCUAUCUGCCUGGGCACACCCACCGCUCCGAGAAUGGCUAAAUGUGGUCACAUUUUCUGUCUGCCAUGCUUGAUUCGGUAUAUGCACUCGGAUGAUGGCACUGCUUCUGGAGCUGAGAAGAAGGCACGCUGGAAGAAAUGCCCAAUCUGCUACGACUCCAUCUACGUUUCCGAGACAAGGCCAGUCCGCUGGUAUACCGGUGCUGAGUUUGAACCCCCGAGAGAGNNGGGAGAUGACGUGGUACUGCGCUUGAUACAGCGUCAUGCAGGUUCUACUCUCGCCAUGCCUAGAGAGAGUCCCGACGCCCUUGGNAAAGGGGACGACAUCCCAUGGUACUUUGCAGCCGAGGUGAUGGAUUAUGCUCGCGUCAUGAAGGGCGGCGAAGAUUACAUGCUUGCCCAAUUGGAUGAGGAGAUCCAGAACGUCAGAGCUAUGGAACAAGAGGAUGAAGUCAUGUUUGGAGACGAUACACAAUGGACCAGUAAAGCCGUACGUGCCUUGAACGAGGCGAAAGAGAAGAUUAAGGGCAUCGGAAAUCCACCAGCAGCACCUAAGAAGCCAGAAGAGCCUGAGCACAAGAAGCCCGCCAUACAAUUCAACCAGUCUGACGAUGGAGUGCCGGAAAUGUAUGCCAUUCAGCAGGCUAUCAAAUCAGGACAGAGUCUACCCAACGGACACACCGGACAGGCGGAUUCAUCAUCGAGCGAGAAAGAGACUGGUACUAAGAAGGAAGACCCCACGACUAGUAUUCUGUCAACAUCAUUAGCCGAGUUUCGUGCACGACAACAUGCAGAAAGGCAACCGGACACUUACUUCUUCUACCAGGGGCUCCUGCAUUACUAUCUGUCAUCUUUGGAUAUCCGCAUUCUGAAGGCUGCAUUCGGAAGCUACGACAACUUCCCGUCCUCGAUACUACCCCGUGUCGAGCGGGUAUCAACAGGCCACAUUGUCGAUGAUGAUUUGCGCAANAGAGUCAAGUACCUCGGACAUCUACCUUAUGGAUGCGAGGUCACUUUCUUGGAAUGUGACUGGACUGACACAGUUCCUCCGGCAAUCCUUGAGCAGUUCCAGGGUGAGAUCGAAAAACGUCGCAAGCGAAACAAUGACAAGGAGGCACGGGAAGAAAAGGAACGCAUCCGCGCCGAGAAGGCUGAAGAUCGAGAGUUCGCAGCCGCUCGGCGAAGACGGGUCAGCAUUCCAACCGAAAGCAAGUUCAGACCAGACGACUUCAUUCCAUUGGGUGCGAAUGGUUCGGACGCAGCAGGCUCCUUCGAUGGUCAAGGAUCUUCUUCAUCACCGCCCUGGAGCAACAGCAACAGACCGCAAGGAUCUGCCUAUGCCUCUCUUGCGUCACCUGGUACAAGCCCGGCUACAUCAAGGACAGUAUGGGGCACUACUGCAAUCGCAUUGAGUAGUCCUGAACUCGCCGCUCUUCAACAUGGAAACAUGGAUGAUAGGUGGCUUGAUGGCUGGGAGAAGGAAUUGACACAAGAGGAUGAUCUGAUCGCCCAAGUGCAAGCAGCAAGUCUCGGUGAAGGGUCAUCUUCGUCCAGCAAAGCUGCAGGUGCUGCCAAAGGCAAGAAGAAGGGCAAGAAGAUUACGCUGAUGAGCACUACGGCUAGACGAGGUGCAUAA